AUGAAAAGAAUAAUCUUAUUCUUUUUAAUUUUAUGGGCAAUAAAUAUUAAGAGAUAUAUAAAUUAUAAUAUAAAAAUAAAAUUAAAGACGUUUACUAAUAAAAUAUUUAUGUCCGGAAGAGUACAAUUAAAAUCAACAAAAUUACAACAUAGAAAAAGGCCAAGGAAAAGAAAAAAAUCUAGCAUAUAUCCAACUCCUGUGUUAUAUCAUCCUAGACAAAGAGAUUAUUUUAAUCUUCAGGGUGAAUAUACAUGUCUUCCGAGUGAAGAUAUCUUAAAUUUAUUAUCACAAAACAAAUUAUAUUUAUUAAUACAAAGUAUAAGAAAUAAAAAUAAUGAUGCUAUAAAUGAGAUAUUAUAUAAAGAUGUGAAUAAUAUAUAUAUAGAUAAAAAUCAUAUAUAUUAUGAUGAUAAAAAUUUACAAGCAAAACAAAAUGGAAAUGGAAAUAUAAAAACACAAACACAAAACGAAACACAAAAUAGUAGAGAUAUUAAUCAUUUAUAUGAUCGUGAAAAAAAAACGUGCAGAAAUUUUAUUAAAUUUUCUAAUUUUAAUAAGUAUUAUAAUGAAAAGAAUAAUUAUACAAAUGAAGAUAUUAACAUAGAUAAUGAUAAUAAUAAUGAUAAUAAUAAUGAUAAUAAUAAUGAUAAUAAUAAUGAUAAUAAUUAUGAUAAUAAUUAUGAUAAUAAUAAUAAUGAUGAUAAUAAUAAUGAAGAAAAAGAAAAAGGUAAAGACAACGCAUUUGUUGAUAUAAAUAAUAUUUAUUUUUAUUUCAAAAAAGUUAACAUCACUAAUAUAAAUAAAGAUAAUAUAAAUGAUGAUAUAUAUAAAGAGUUAUUACAACUAAAAAAAAUAUCCUUACAAAAUCAAGAUGAGAUAGGUUAUAAUAUAUAUAAAUAUUUUUUAAAUAUUAUUACUAAUGUAGAAAGAGAAAAAUAUAUGGACGACUUUUUUUUAGUUAAGUAUAUUAAUAAUAUAUGGAUAAAUAAAAACGUACAUAAAUAUUUUUAUUUCUUAAAUUCUUUAUAUGAUCGUAUGAGGAAAAUUUCCUAUAAAUUAUUUUCUUUAAAUUAUAAUAUUGAUAUUAUUGGUCAUGAUGAAGAAAAAAAUAAAAUGACGUAUUUCCAAAGACAUGAAUUAUUUGACAAAAUUAUAAAAAAAACGAAAUAUAUACCAAACUACAUUUUAAAACAUAAUUAUAUAUAUUCGAAUAAUAUUUUUAAUCUAUAUAAAUAUGAUAUAAAUACAAAUUCCUAUAUAAAUAAUUUUCAUCAUACAUAUAAAGAAGUAUCCAUUGAUGACUUUUUAGAUAGCGAAAGAAAAAAAAAUCUUAAUAUUUUCUACAACAAAGAAAAGUUCCAACCUUUCUAUGAAUAUGCUGAACAAUAUGAUAAAAAUAAUCAAAUGAAAUAUAUUAUGACUGUUGUUUAUGGAAAGGAUAGCAAACAAAAGGUUUCGAAUGAACAAACGUCUGCGCAGCAACGAAUAAAUUAUCAUCAAGGGGAUCAAAAAAAAAAGCCAAAGCAAAAUAUAAGCAUUAAUAAUAAUGAUGACAAAAACAAUGAUGAUGACAAAAACAAUGAUGAUGACAAAAACAAUAAUGAUGACAAAAACAAUGAUGAUGACAAAAACAAUAAUGAUGACAAAAACAAUAAUGGUGACAAUAAUAAUAAUAAUAAUAAUAAUCAUUAUUGUAAUAAUCCAAAUGAACCAAAUUGGCUAUCUGCAAUAAGAAAGAACCCAGAAUUAAAAUACGAAAUCUUAUCCAAAAUUUGUGAAAAAAUGCAUGCAGAAUUUCGAGAAAUGAACGUCUUAACUGAAGAUAAUAAAAUCGAUUUAAACAGAAUCGAUGAUAUUAAAAAUGAUAAAGAUAAUUUGUUAUAUAAAAAAGUUUAUGCUAUGCGUGAUUAUUUUUAUAAAAUAUUUUAUGAUAAUUAUAAUCCAAAUUUAGAUAUAUAUGAAUUAGAAACUUAUGUAGAUGCAGAAUACAGAACAUUUUCUUAUAAAAAGGAUCUAGAUGUUUUAUUUAAAAACUGGGUUCUAAAUGAAAAAAAACAAUUACCAGUUGUACAUUUUGCUAAAAAGGAUGUUGAGCUAGCCAAAAUCAGAUACAUGUCAAAAACAAAAAGGAAAGAGUUAGAAUUUAAUGAGAGGUUUGAGGAACGACAUGGCAAAGGAAAGAUUCCCUUUAGAAGAAAUUUUGAUGAAAAUGAUGGAAAAAAAGGUGAUGAUAAACCAAGUAGUGAUGAUAAACCAAGUAGUGAUGAUAAACCAAGUAGUGAUGAUAAACCAAAUUGUGAUGAUAAACCAAAUUGUGAUGAUAAACUAAAUGGUGAUGAUAAACUAAAUGGUGAUGAUAAACUAAAUGGUGAUGAUAAACUAAAUGGUGAUGAUAAACUAAAUGGUGAUGAUAAACCAAAUUGUGAUGAAAAUAAUGGAGGGAGUGAGUCGUCGUCGAAUAUUAUUACAAAAUGUGAAGACGAUAAAACAAAGAGUAAAAAGAAAGUUAUCAUAAAAUCAAUAAAUUGUCUAAUAAAGUGGAAUAUAACUAGCGAAAAUGAAUACAAGAAAAAUAAUGAUGAAAAUAUUUUGAAGAAUGAUGAUAUAAAUGUUGGAAAUGAUGAUAAUGACGAUGAUGAUGAUGAUGAUGAUGAUGAUGAUGAUGAUGAUAAUGUUGAUUUUAAUGAUAUAGAUAUUCCUAAUAAUGAUUUAGAUUCUUAUGGGUUUUGUGAUGAAAAUAUAGAUGUAUAUGAAGAUGAGGAUCCGACUUUUGAAGAUAUACAUUAUGCUAAACUGGUUAUCUAUGAUGAUAAUUAUGAUAAACAAGAAUUUAUAGAAACAUUAAUGAAAUAUAUAACAACAUGUGAUUAUAAAAGAGCAUACUCUAUAUAUAACUCAUUAAAAAUUAAAGGUAAAGUAGAUAAUCUAUACUUCAAAAAUUAUGAAAGAGCAGAAAAUAUAGCAUUUCUUUUACGACAAUCAGAACAAAAAAUAUUGGUUGAGGCAGAGUUUUUAUAG